GACAGGCUUUAUCAGGGACAUCGGAAGCAAUGCAAUGAGUUACAUUUGUAAUGGACAUCGGUUUGCUGCCCUUCACUGGCGGAACAGGACAGGCGAAGUAUGCAGAGUAGGUCUGCGAGCCAACAGGGAAGACAUAACGUGUGAAGAUCACAUUCAGUUGUUAAAUGACAAUAGCGCCACCAUAGCAAGAGCUGUGCAUGACGCCAUGAAAAAGGAUGGUUUAGAUUGUUUAUACCUAGCAUAUCCGCCAUACUCAGAGGAUAUCUUAGAAUACAUGGCCGCAGAAAUACCUAAAGUGUACACCGUCUCUGAUAUACUUGUACAUGGCAUACCAGAGUAUAUGCAGGAAGAUGAAUACUAUCUCUCAUUAAUUGACCAAGAAAUGGCAUCACGUGCCGCACUAUUUAUGGCGUCGGGAAGCUCAAACUGGUCGGAUUUCGUUGUGGACGAGAGGAAAGCCAACGGCAAAAAGAACAUAUUUAUAGGAAAUCUGCGUGGAAUUCCGUCAAGUAUCAUUAAUAUGCUGUAGAUUAGCCUAUGACGGUAUGCAAAACAACUCACACAUGUGGAUUUCUUUCUUUCUAAGUGAAAUUCUGAACAUAAAGAUCAUUCAUG